CAUUGUUACCAUCAACACCACCAUGACCACCACCAUUUCCAUCGGUCACCACCUUCACCUGCUUAAAAUCUUACACUGUAAUAAUGUCCGACUUCUUUUUAAAUGAAGAUUUUUUUUUUAGGUACUCAAAUUAGCUCCACCAAUCAGCUUGCAUCGAUGAAUUCGCUAAAUGGCAAUACUUAUACUAUUUCUUCAAUGAGAGCAGCGGCUAGUACCCUAACAAAGGAGUUAUCAACAACAAUCUUCAAGGGUAAAAUAAUUACAUUUUCGUUGGGCUGGAUGACGUGCUUAACAGUACUAGUACUCAUUCUCAGCAAGUAGAUAAAAGUGUAUUUGAAAUGGUCAAUAGUAGCACUAUCAGCACCACAUCACGAGAUCAAAGUACAAGCUGAGAACAUAGAGUUUGAAUUCGCAAGACAGAGUUUUGCACAAAAUUCUGCCUUAAGGCAUUAUUUAUCGGGGAUAAUGUGGUCCACCAAUUGGAUCUGAUUACCGAUCUGCUUGGUUCUCCAUCCACUGAAGCCAUUUCAAGGAACAAUUUAUUUUGCCAAAAUGAGCACGACACCUGGACCUUUGUCUCCAAAAUUUGUUCCUGCCGAAAAGACUGAAAUUACUUCAGUAAGUAAAUCAGAUGGUUUUAAGUUCAGUUUUGUAUCAUAUAACAUUUUGGCUCAGGCAUAUGUAAAGAGUGCUAUGUUUCCACACUCCCCAGGGCCUUGUCUCAAGUGGAAAGCCCGUUCACAGGCAAUCCUGACAGUUCUUAAGAGCCUCGGGGCCGAUUUCCUUUGCUUACAGGAAUUGGAUGAAUAUGAUAGCUUCUAUAAAAGUAAUAUAGAACGUGUUGGCUAUUCAAGUAUCUACAUCCAAAGAAGUGGGCAGAAGCGUGACGGAUGUGGGAUCUUUUAUAAGCAGGAUAGUGCAGAGCUGGUCAUUGAAGAGAAGAUAGACUACAAUGAUCUUGUACCCUCGAUUCAUGAUGAUACUGUUUCUGUGGAUAAAGAGGCGAAUUUACCUGCUGAUGGAGAUAAAAAAUUAGCAUCAAAAGGUGAUGUCAGUUUGAAAAACAGUCGAGCAGAUCGUGGAGACAUAAAUGAUCCUUGUGUUAGAUUAAAACGUGACUGUGUCGGUAUUAUGGCGGCCUUCAGGCUGAAGGAUCCUUGUCAUUUUAUCAUUGUCGCCAACACUCACCUUUACUGGGAUCCAGAAUUGGCCGAUGUCAAACUUGCGCAAGCUAGAUAUUUGCUUUCACGCUUGGCUCAAUUCAAGUUACUAGUUUCUGAAAAAUUUGAUUGUUCGCCUUCUGUGGUUGUUGCUGGUGAUUUCAACUCCCUUCCUGGGGAUCAGGUAUAUCAGUACCUUAUUUCAGGUUCCUCAGUAAUGGGAACUUUGCCAGAGAGCUCAGAUGAUGUGCCCAUUCCAUUGUGCAGUGUAUAUGCAAAUACUAGAGGAGAACCACAGUUCACUAACUGCACUCCUGGAUUUACUGGAACUCUAGAUUACAUAUUAUUUUCUCCUUCAGGGAAUAUCAAACCAGUCAGCUAUAUGGAACUUCCAGAGCCCGGAGCGUCAGAUGUACAAGGUGGCCUACCGAAUUACUAUCAUCCUAGUGAUCAUCUCCCAAUUGGUGCUGAAUUUGAACUAGUUCAGUAGUUUCGUGGUCCCAUUUCCAUUAGCCGUUUUACUGAUUCUUUUUAAAUUUUUUAUUGUUAUAAUUAUUUUAUGGAUUACAAUUUCAAAAAAAAUAAUAAUUAUUUUAUGGAUUGUGAGGUCCUUUGUUUUUCCAGUCAAGACUGAGGUGGUUAUUAUGACUUAUUUGAACGUGCAAUGUGGUUUGUAAUUCUUCUGACGUUAUCAACUAUUUUCAAUGAGCUAAGGCUUAAAUGCUCGUCUUAA